CAUUCCAAGUUCCAACGCAUCUACAUCGGCUUUUUCCACCUCUGUUGGGCAUCUCUGAGUGUGUCUGAGUGUGUUUGUUUGUACGUAUCUGUAUGUGUGUGUUACUGUGUGUGUGUGUGUAUGCGUUUGUGAGCAUCUUGUUGCGUGUGUUUCCUUCUUGAUGUCCAGCAUUGUCGGUUGCCAUUCUGCCUCGUGCUGCCCAUGCCCGUCACGCGCCUGGCCCCAAGGUUAACCCUUGCUAAGCCGCGUGCAGGAUGAGCGAGAGCUCCGGUGCAGUCACAUCCGGGGCGGUGAUCCUGGAGGAGUGUCCAGAGGGGAGUGGGGAGCGAGAGCAGGUCCAAGCCCAAGAACCAGGGCGCCUGCGCUGUGGAGGCUGCACCGUGUGGCCCCGCCAGCAGACAUGGCUAUGUGUUGUCCCUCUACUCAUAGGCUUCAUUGGCUUGGGACUAAGCCUGAUGCUGCUCAAAUGGAUUGUGGUGGGCUCUGUUAGGGACUACGUGCCCACAGACCUGGUGGACGCCAAGGGUAUAGGACAGGACCCCAUGUUUCCCCCCCAUCUCUCCAAGCCCAGCGCCUUGCCUAAGAACUCAGACACCACUAGUACUACCACCACGGCAACCAUUACUACUGUGGCCAACCCCACCACAACCACCAUCACGGCAGUAAGGGACAGAACUCGAACUGUCGUCGCCAACCACCCUGGUGGCACCACUACUACAGCCAGGGUGGGUAGUGCAUCAGGCAGCCAGGUUACACCUCGCAGCACCACACAGCGCCAAGGCAACUCUGGGGGCGGAGGACCACAAGGCCCCCUUAUUACUACAACCACUGCCGCACCAGUCGCCGCCUCCACUUAUACCACCUCCAGUCCUAAACCUUCUAACCCCACUGUGCUGCACGACUCCACACAAAUGUGGACCCAUGAACACACGACGGAGAGGCCUGCCUCCACUCCCACAUGGACCCAUGUGAACCGAAAAACACCAUCACCCACCAUUCCUCCAUUGGUCUCAGAGCAUUUCAAGCAAUGUCACGAGAAGGACCUGGCCUACUGCUUGAACGAUGGAGAAUGCUUUGUCAUCGAGACGCUGAGUGGACCACACAAACACUGCAGGUGUAGAGAAGGCUACCAGGGUAUACGCUGCGACCAGUUCCUGCCCAAGACCGACUCCAUCUUAUCUGAUCCAACAGAUCACUUGGGCAUUGAGUUUAUGGAGAGCAAGGAGGUGUACAAGAGACAAGUGCUGUCAAUCACCUGCAUCGCCGUGGGGAUAAGUGUUCUGGGCACGCUCUGUAUGGCUCUCUACUGUCGGAACAAGAGACGCAGGGAAAAACUCCAGGCCCACUUGAAAGAGAGCCGCAGCCUGAAGAACUACAGCGCCAAUGCCUCUGCCCUGGAGUCCAAACCCGGCCUGAGGCCUAACACGGGCCUGCAGCUGCAGAAUUAUUGUAAGAGGUCCUCCCAGCCACAUGAGGGAGCUGUCUGGGAGUCCAGCUUUGCCCAGUGCAACGCUACCCCUACCAACAACUCCAGAGGUCCAGGCAGAGAAAAAAAAUACAGAAGCGGCUCCCUGUCUCACAGUCCAGACCAGAGAAGUAGAGCCACCCAUUGGUCAGUACCGCGUAGAACUCUGCCUAUACCCAGGGGAAGACUAAAUCCAAAUGGAGGAUCCAAACAUUCUGGCCCCGCCUACCAACACCUCCAGGAGUUGGAGUCGUCUGAGAGAGAGGUUGAGUCAUUGAGAGGGUGCCAGAUUGUGAGGGCCGGGAGCGACCCGCGACAGGAUGCCUUUCUAAAUAUGCAACCCCCCAUGUCGGUGGAGCAGUCGUGGGAGAGCAGGGUGGAGGUGCGCUGCUGUCCUCUGGACCAGGGCCUGGACCAUGACAUCUCUACUUCCACCUGGAGCCUCAGGCGUCCCAGAUGUCCAAGCCGCUCUUCCCCUCCUCCUUUCCGGACCUGCUCCAUCCCUAUCAUCCCCUCUGUCCAGGGCUACAAGGACGAGGUCUCCUGUUUGCAAACAGCUACUGGCUCAGCCACCUGCAGCACCAUGCCCAGUAAGGAAGUAGGAGGGCACUCCCUCAUCAUGCUGCACCCCACCUCCACCUCCUGCUCCUCCUCUAUUGGGGGCCAGCAGCAGGACGAGGUGGCCCUUCUCCUAGAGGAGGCCCAGGAGCAUCUCAGGGCUCUUGCCCACAGGAAGCAGGAAGACAGCGUCGGCGCCACCCCUCAACUGCCCAGAGAGACUGUGUGCUUCCUGACACUCAAUGGUGGAGGAGCCGGGGGUUUGAGCCCUAAUGGACCCACUGAGACCCAGUUAAUGAGCCCUAGAGAACCUCACAGAGACUCAGCCCAGCCCUGCCAAUGAGACAACGAGGUCUGGGCCCUAGCUUUCUGUCUGGAUCUACAGUAAAACAACUGUAGUGUCUUGAAGUCAAGACUGUAGAGAGCUCUGCAUCAAAGGGAUGAGAUUAAACUGAAUAGAGAAAACUAAUAUCAUGGAAUAAACAAUGUGCAUACUGUAUGGAAGAAUGAACAGAGGGAUGGUCUAUGGAGUGAUGAAGAGAGAAAUUAUGUAUAUGCAUUUAUUUAAAUGAGAAGCUUCUUAGACAAAAGAAACCAAAUAGUCUGUCAUCUCCAUGGUGUUUUUAAUUGUAAAAAAAUAUAUAUAUAAAUAUAUAUGGAUAUAAAUAUAUGGAAUUAAAAAGGUGACCAAGUUCAGUUGAGGAAUACAGGAAUGAUGUACCGUCUUUCUUUUUUUGUAACAGCUCCUCCACAUUUUUCAGGCUUGGAGCACGUUUGUGUGGACCCCAUGCACCCUUACCCCUUCUGUUUUGCUACCUGGUGUGAACCGACGAUGCAGUUAAACAUGGCUGCCACAGCAACAGUAUCUACUGUAAAACAACCUCUCAACUACCAUUGUGAGUCUACCCAGCCAAGGAUUAUAACAGUCCCCCUUGCCUUGGAUAUACCACAGCAGUAUAUUGAAGAACAAUUACAGAAUGAUAUAGAGAGACUUUUGCCGAUAUACUACCCCAGGUUGACCCUGUCACUGGCUUGGGACAGCAGGUUGAUAAGACAGGCGUGAUGCUAACACGGUUGGCUAGUUUGGUGUCUUAUUCCUUUUUGUACGUGAGUGGAAUUCCUCCUCUGCUGACCAAGUCGUUUAGCAUGGGUGUUUUUUUCCCCUCUGUCUAACCCCACACAACUCUGAGUACACACACACACACAUUCCCUCAGCACACAACGACGUGUACAGGUGUGUUGGGGGUACACAGCAGGGAUGGAGGGACCAAGGAUAAUAGGCCGGCGCAAGUGGAGGAGUUUCCGUUUUUUAGUUUCAGUUUGUUCGUGAUGAACAAU